UUAGUUCUGCCGUCUGUUAUUUAAAUAAAUAAAUAAAUUAGAAAAAAUAAAUAAAAAACAGUCGGUAGGUCUUUAUUAGAAGUCCAUUAGUAGUUAGGUGGCGACUUUUUUUUCCCACGAACAUGGCGUGUCCUUUUGUUGACGACCCGGUGGAUGAAGGUGCGGUGUUUCUGCGCAGAGAAUUAAAUCUCCGUCGGGAGGUGGUGAUUAAACCGCGCAUCGAUGUUUUAGCCUUUCCAGACACUUUUCUUUUUGAGCGUUACCGUUUCACGUCACAGUCGAUCCUCUACAUCCACAACCUGAUCCGCCCUCACAUCAGAAACAUCACCCACCGCAGCCGUGCUCUCACGUCCCAGCAGAUAUUGUGUGUUGCGUUGCGUUUCUUUGCGAAUGGGAGUUUUUUAUACGAUGUCGGAGAUGCAGAGCGCCUGAGUAAAGCCACGGUGUGCAGGGCGGUCAGGAAGGUGUGCCUCGCCCUCAAACAGAUCUUACCAAACUUCGUGGUUUUCCCUGGACAGAAACCUCUCAGUGCCAUCAAGGAGGAGUUCCACAGGAUUGCAGGAUUUCCCAAUGUGAUCGGCUGCAUAGAUGGCACCCACAUCCCCAUCACUGCCCCCUCGCACAAUGAAGCCGAGUAUGUGAAUAGGAAGUCCAUUCACAGCAUAAAUGUGCAGAUCACAUGUGAUGCUGCACACGUAAUAACCAGUGUGGAGGCCAAGUGGCCCGGGUCAGUUCCUGACUCAAAGAUUUAUCGCGAGUCGAACCUGAGCGACAGACUGCAAAGUGGAGAGCUUGAUGGCCUUCUGCUGGGUGACAGGGGUUACCCAUGCCAACCUAUGCUGCUGACCCCUUACCCUGACCCUGAGCCAGGCCCCCAACAGAACUUCAACCGGGCUCACUGCACGACCAGAGCCCGGGUGGAGAUGACCAUAGGCCUGCUGAAAGCCCGUUUCCAGUGUCUACGUCACCUCAGGAUGAACCCUGAGAGGGCCUGCGAUAUUAUUGUGGCAUGUGUUGUCCUUCAUAACAUUGCCACUAUCAGAGGAGAGCAACAGCCUGCCCCGCAAAUUGAAGAUCCCGAUGAUGACCCCAUCCAGCCGUCAGCUAUGGAGGACGGCAGAGCAGUCAGAGACACCAUAUGCAAUAAUCACUUCAGAGACUGAGUCACCAUCAUCACCACCACCACAGCAGUCAAUUAAAGACAUGAUGCAAGUUUCAUUUGGUCUUCUUUAUUUCCUACAAAUACAAGAGCUGGUGGUUUUGUCAACCGUAACAUUUGUUGACAAAACCAUAACAUUAUUUCCUUUAAAUAUAUAUGAGGCACUUCACUAUUGUCCACCCCGUCAUGUCAUU